GUCUGAACUGAUCUUUGACUAUUGGAGAUCAGGCUCAGCCCCACGAGGCCUUCAUGGAGCUUGGGAAGAAGCUAGCCCUGGUCCGGCAGGGGGAGGGCGAGAAGUACGUGGUGCUGAAGCAACGCUCCCAGGAAGCAGCGCCUGGCCCGCCGGCCGGCAUGGCCCUGUGGGAGGGCCCACGGGCAGGGCCAGAGGAAGAGGCUGCAUUGCCCCACAUCCUGGUCACUGACUUCAGUGCUUCGAGCACUGCAGCCUGGGGCAGCCUCGAGGGGGUCCCUGCUACAGCCCCUGACCCACAGCCGGAGUCCGAGCCCCCAAGAGCGGCAGAGGAGGAUGCAGAGAGCGUCUCCAAGCCGGAGUCGGAGCAGGACGCCUCCGAAGAUGGAGGGAGCAGCCUGGGCUCCAGCUCUGUGGCGCUGGACCCUGUGGAGAAGGAGUGGCUGCAGGGGGCAGCCAGCGGGCACCUGCUCACCCUGAGUCACCUGCUCAAACAGGAGCCGUCCCUGGCCACCAGGAAGGACUUCACCUCGGGGUUUACAGCGCUGCACUGGGCGGCCAAGCACGGCAAGGAGGACUUGGCCUCGCUGCUGGUGGCUGCAGGAGCCGAUGUGAACACGCGCUCGCAGGGCGGCUACACCCCGCUGCACAUCGCUGCUCUGCAUGGACACCGUCAGCUCAUGGACCUGCUCGUCCGCAGCUACGGUGCCAAGCAGAACGUGCGGGAUCACAGUGGGCACCUGGCCAGACACUACCUGGAAGCAGAGAAGCCGCUGGACAGAGCCGCCACGCUGCCCCAGCUGCCAGCGGUGCGUGGCAGGAACAGGGCGCUGGCCUGUCUGCUCUUGCCCAAGGCCAGCGGCCAGGCCCGGAAGCGCUGGGGCUCUGCCGAGGACCUGACGGAGGAGGAGGAGCGGGGACAGGCGCAGCACCUCGCCGUGCCAGCCUCGUACCGCGCCGUGCGCAAGUUCUCCCGCUAGUGGGGCCGGGUCCCGGCCCCUGCCAGCCCGGCCCUAGUGCCACCCGCUGCCGGGGGCUCAGGCUGCCCCGAGGGCAGUGGAUGGGCCCUGCUAGCGUCUGCCCGGCCGGAGCAGGGGCAAGAGGCGCCGUGUUUCCCAAUGUUCAUACUAACACAGCUCCAUCCCCCCCAUCCGGAUGCCCCUCAGUCCUGACCCGCAGCCCCUGCUGUCCCGCCCUGGUGAUUCCCGUCUCCACCGACACGGCGCUCGCUCGGUUACUGCCGGGUCUGCCAGCGCCAGGCGCCUCGCCCAGCCCGGGAGCACCACGCCCCUGCAGCUCUGCUGUUUUCUAAUGGAUCCUGACGCUGAAAUAAAUCACU